AUGGAAGAAGGGGUGCCUUGCAAAACCCCAGCUGCCAAGCUCACCCCUCCUGCCAAGAAGUCCCAGGACAUGCACGACGAGAGGAGCAAGCUGGUCAAUGAGUAUGCGUGUCGGGUGCUGGAACUGCUGGGCAUGGGGCAUCGCCUCUUCGUGCCUCGGCUGCUCGCGACCUCCAAAGAGGACCUUCUACAAGCUGAUUUUGAAGGAGCUUUAAAAUUCUUCAGGGUUCAGCUGCCCAAGAGGUACAGAGCUGAGGAGAACGCCAGGAGACUCAUGGAACAAGCUUGCAACAUUAAGGUGCCAACGAAAAAGCUGAAGAAAUAUGAGAGAGAGUACCAAACCAUGCGAGAGAGUCAGCUGCAGCAGGAAGAUCCUAUGGACAGAUAUAAGAGGGAGAACCGCAGGCUGCAAGAAGCAAGCAUGAGGCUGGAGCAGGAGAACGACGACCUUGCCCAUGAGCUUGUAACAAGCAAAAUUGCCUUACGGAAUGACCUGGACCAGGCUGAAGACAAAGCAGAUGUUCUGAACAAGGAACUUCUCCUGACCAAACAGAAGCUGGUGGAGACUGAGGAGGAGAAACGGAAGCAGGAAGAGGAAACUGCUCAGCUGAAGGAAGUCUUCAGGAAGCAGCUGGAGAAGGCAGAGUCUGAGAUCAAGAAAACCACAGCCAUUAUUGCAGAGUACAAACAGAUUUGUUCCCAGCUGAGUACCAGGCUGGAAAAACAACAAGCUGCCAGUAAAGAUGAACUGGAAGUCGUGAAGGGCAAGGUGAUGGCCUGCAAGCACUGCAGUGAGCUCUUCAGCAAGGAGGGGGCACUGAAGCUGCCCGCGGUGAGCACCGACAACAAGGGCAUAGAGACUGACGACGAGAAGGAUGCCCUGAAGAAGCAGCUGAGAGAGAUGGAGUUGGAACUUGCACAGACCAAACUGCAGCUCGUGGAAGCCAAGUGCAAAAUCCAGGAGCUGGAGCACCAGCGAGGAGCCCUUAUGAACGAAAUCCAAGCUGCCAAAAACUCUUGGUUUAGCAAAACGCUGAACUCUAUCAAAACAGCUGCGGGCAGCCAGGCCCCGGCGCCGCCGCCCAGGGAGGGCAGCACAUAGUGCCGGGCAG